AUGCACUCUCAACCAAAGAUUCAUCUCGUCCGCCACGCCCAAGGCUUCCACAACUUGGGCACCGAAUUCCACUCGCUCCCGGACCCUCGCCUCACACCGCUUGGAGAAUCCCAAUGCGCCAAACUGCAGGAAGAGCACUUCCCCGCCGACCGACAAGAAUCCAUCUCCCUCAUCACCGCCUCACCCUUAACGAGGACACUGCACACUGCUUUUCUGACUUUCAAGCCCGCACUGACGUCCAAGGGCGUCAAAUGCAAACCCACCAUCCUCGCAAUCCCCGACGCCCAAGAAACAAGCGACUACCCCUGCGACACGGGAUCCGACGUACCCGUGCUCAAAGCAUUCGUCGAGGAACAGAAAUGGCCCGUCGACCUCUCCCUCCUUACCGACACAUGGAACGUCAAGACGUUGGAGAACCGUUAUUCUCCCGCAUCCGCGGCGAUCAAGGCCCGCGCACGAGAUUGCCGCAAACUGCUGCGUGAAAAGGCACGGGAAUUGGCCAGCAACGGCGACGACAACGUGGAGAUUGUCCUAGUCACCCACGGAGGGUACCUGCACUACCUCACGGACGACUGGGAAGACGCGGCCAAGCUCUCCGGCACGGGCUGGGAAAACACCGAGUACCGCACCUACACGUUCGAGACGUCCUUCCUUUCCGACGACGAUUCCGAAGCACACCUCACAGAGACCCGCGACUCGCGCCACCGGCGAGGCAUCUCGCACCCGAUGCCCGAUCACGAGAAACAGAAGGAACUGUUCGAGCGGAUGAUGCAAGGCUGGGAGGACCAAGGGUUGCAAAACCCGGCCAAAUUGUCCCCUGCCGUUGCGGAUGAAGAGGCCGAGGAGCACGGACAGCAGCCCGCGGAUUUGCAGAGGCAUGUCACCCAGGCGGCCGACGAGGCCGAGAAGACGGAGAUCAACACGCAAACCCAGCCGCAGAGUGUUACAGUCAGGGCGUGA